AUGGCAUCUCAAGAGACGGAUCAGUCAGAGCUCACGACUGAAUUUGCGACGGCAAAAGGGCUGACGGCAGGAGCAACAGCCGUUGCACAACCCGAAAAUCCAAGCAAGAACUCGCAGCUCCGUCAGUAUCUGUUGCCAAACUAUCAGAAUCGCAGCAUACCGAGGGCGAGCGGUACUACACAAACAGGUUUACCUACGUCCCUGGCGGUGACAACAACCCGACGACAUCCUCUGCCACCACCAGUGAAAGGAUCUAUCGGUGCGACGGAGGCUGACUUCUUCGUUAUUCGCAUUGUUAGUGAGAACACGCAAAGCGUCACUGGAAUCGAACCAGAUGCACUAUUCCAACAACGAUGUUUCACUGAUUUUCUGACCCCACCGGAGAAGACUGAGUUCAUUAUUCGUGCUCGCGCCUUCUACGCAGACACAUCGCGCAGCGAUCCAGAUGUUUUCUCGAUCUCGCUGUCACCUCUCGACGGAGCUUCAAGACGCUUGUUCUGUGCCAUGCACCUCAACAAAGAGUCCGAUCUUAUCGUUUGCGAGUUUGAGCUGGACAGAGACUUCAUUUUGCCGGAACAAAUGCCAAACAGCGGUUUCCCACCCGAACCAAUUCAGAUCAUUCAUAAUGAAGCUACCGAUGACGAACUGCUUCUACCCAGGACCCGUCGAAGUAAACCACUUCAUAGCCUACAAAUCGCACGAUCGAGCGCACGACAAUUGACUCUGGUGGAUUCUUUCCAGAUCCUUCUGGAAAUACAGGCUCAAUUAUCGUCAGCACCUGAUUUGAAAGUCCUCGGAGAUGCCAUCGUUGGUUUAGUUCAUGACCUUACCGGUUUCCACAGAGUGAUGAUAUAUCAAUUCGAUGACACAACAGCAGGUGCUGUUGUAGGCGAAUAUGUUGAUCCGCGCGCGUCUAAAGACUUGUAUAGGGGUCUCCACUUUCCAGCAGCCGAUAUUCCAAAGCAAGCCCGUGAACUCUACAUGAUAAAUACAAUACGAAUGCUCUAUAACCGAGAAGAACCCACUGCUCGGCUCAUCUGUCGGACAUUUGACGACUCGAAGACACCUCUGAAUCUGCAACAUUCCUAUCUCAGGGCGAUGAGCCCUAUCCAUCUCAAAUAUCUAGCAAACAUGGGUGUGCAAGCCAGCAUGUCGAUUUCGCUAAUAGCCGACAACAAGCUUUGGGGACUUAUUAGCUGCCACAAUUAUGGGCCAGCGUCCGGUAUACAUGUCUCGUUGGCUACAAGAGAGAUAUGUCGAGGACUUGGCAAUGUUGCUAGCAGCAACAUCCAGAAGCUCAUAUAUUCUUCUAGAAUAGAAGCUCGACGGCCCCUGUCCAAUGCUCCUCCAAAAUCCUCGCCUUUUACGUACAUCACCAGCUCAACUACCGACCUCCUUAACAUGUUCGGGGCGGACUUCGGCUUCCUAGUCAUCAAAGGCGAAGCUAGAACCAUAGGCAACCUCUUCUCUAAUAGUGAGGCUAUCGUACUGCUACAAUACAUUCGACAGAGAGCCCAGCCUUUGAUCUACUACUCACACGCUAUUGGAAAGGACUUGCCUGAUCUACACUACGCUCCUGGAUUCUCCAUGAUUUCUUAUUCCUUUGUGGUUGCUGGAACCGACUAUUUGGAACCAAGAAGCAGUUUCAAACGGUGGAGCGAAACAGUCGUUGGCACUAGUAGAGAAUGGACUGUAGACGAAGUUGAAUCUGCGGCCGUCCUAACUACACUCUACGGACGAUUCAUCGAGGUCUGGCGACAGAAGGAAGCCACUGUCCAGAGAAACCGAAUGACCCGUCUACUUAUUCGAAAUGCGAGACACGAGGUCAGAACGCCACUAAAUAGCAUCAUCAACUAUCUCAAGGUAGCUCUCGAAGAGGAGCUUGACGAGAGGGCAAGAUUUCAUCUGCAACGGUCACUGCAGGCGUCAAAAUCAUUAUUAUUUGUCGUCAAUGAUCUAUUGCAUUUGACUGAAGCCGAGGGAGCUGACUUCCAGGUUCACGAAGACAAUGUUGAUCUGAGAUCUAUGCUCUCCGAAGUCAUUGCAACUUUCAAGGACGAAUCAGUAAGGAGGGAUCUGCGGAUCAAACUGGAAGAUGACAAGGCUGUUCCUCAGCUAGUGAGAUGCGACCCUGGCGCUCUCAGACAAGUUGCUUCUAAUUUGCUCUCUAAUUCGCUUCAGAGUACUGUAAAUGGGGAGAUAAGCAUUGGCUUGGAACACGUUCAAACUACCGAAGCAAACUCAGUUAUCAAGAUAUCCUUCACGGAUAAUGGUAUAGGGCUUUCGGAAAGUCAACUGGAUGGUAUUUUCAAAGAUUUUGAGCAGAUUCUAGACGAAGAAGGAGAAGAGAAGACCCAGACCGGUGAGCAGAUUCUCCCUGAAAAGAAGAUGGGGCCACAGAUUGGCUUGGGUCUGGCUACGGUUGCAAGGUUCGUGAGGCUCCAGACUGGCCAGAUCAGUAUGUCUUCGGAGGGGCAAGGAAAAGGGACGAACGUAUCAAUCACGAUUCCCUUCCGAAAAGCACUUUCGGGGGAUUUUUCUCGAAAGCAGUUUUCAGAAGAUAUUGCUUUACCAACUCCAACUUCAGGUCCGCAAUCAUCAAAGACACCUAAGACUUCCGGCAGCGCGUCCUCAAGCUUAACACAAGCUUCUGUAAUUGACACUGCGACGAGCCCUGUAUCUCCAGGAACAGCCACAGAUCGAUAUCCGUUCCCAAUAUCUCCAGUCAACAACGACAGACCCAAAUUUAACGUCCUGGUCGCAGAAGACAACCCUUUGAAUAGUCGGCUGCUGGAGACUCGAUUAAAGAGAAGAGGACACUCGGUACGGAUAGCUGUCGACGGGAAGGCCUGUGUUGAUGCCUUUAAAAGCAGUCCGCACGAGUUUGAUUUUAUUCUUAUGGACAUUCAACUCUCCCCGCGUGUCGUACCGUAUGCACGUAUCCCAAUCAUCGCAGUCUCGGCCUCUUUGUCUGAACAACGUGUUCACGAGUAUGUCGAGAUCGGCUUCGAUGGCUGGAUCUUAAAGCCAAUUGAUUUCAAGAGGUUGGAAGCUAUUCUUAUUGCAGUUGAGGAUGAGAAGACAAGGGAAAUUUUGCUCUAUGGUGCGGGAAACUGGGAAAAGGGAGGUUGGUUCAAGGUUAAGAGCGAGGUAUGA